AUGCCACCCCGGAUAUCACUCCGCCUCCCCAAGCUCACCGUCCCACGGCCUCCCCAAUCCCCCUUCCUCCGCACCUUCUUGAACAUCGCCGGCGUCAGCGGCGGCGCCCAAAAGUUCUCCGAGGUGCGGUCCUUCCCGUACGCUGCCGGCCAGCUGUAUACGCUCGUAUCCGACAUCAACAGCUACCACAAAUUCCUCCCCUACUGCGUUGGCUCGCGCGUGACGCAGUACUCUGCGCACGACAACCUGCCCACUGAGGCCGACCUGCGCGUGGGCUGGGGAAGCUACGACGAGACGUUCCGCAGCAAGGUCGAGUGCGAGCCCGCGAAGCUGAUUGUGCGUGCGGACGCUUCGCAGAACGAGCUCUUCCGCUCGCUCAAGACACGGUGGGAGAUUAGGCCGAAGGGGGGCGAGGGGAAGGGAAGUGAGGUUGAGCUCCACAUUGAGUUUGCGUUUAAGAACCCAGUGUAUGCGGCGCUGAGCGGGGCGGUGGCGCCGAAGAUUGUGAAUAUCAUGGUGGAGGCGUUUGAGAAGAGGCGGAGGAGGUCCUCGGGAAGGGGGGCGAGAAGCAGCUUUUGGAGGGGGAGGAGCAGAGAGCGGUAG